AGAGAUUUAUGAAUGCGUUACCAGCUCUGCAGAACUUGGAACUCAACGACCUGCUCUUGGACAACGCUGAUGCUCGACAUCUUCUGGACGAGCUUUGCUACAGCAACUGCCAUAAAUUGAGAACCUUGAGACUCGUCAAUGUGUCCAAAGAACCCUGUCCUUUGAUGCACGUCGGCAUUUUUGUUGCCCUGAGAGAACUUUGGCUCUCGCCUGUCACAAUUGGCGACGAGGUCGUCGUUCUGCUCGGAUCGUCGAAGGUGCGGGACCUGAUCAUCUAUCAGGAUAAACACUCGGAAGAAGCUCCUCCGGUGAACCGGAAAUCAUGGAAAAAAUGCGCCGGAAACAACCCUGAAUUGAGGGUGCACUUGUUGAUUCAAGGCCCGUCUGUUCGGCGAGACCACAUUUGGCAACCCGGUGCCCCGGUAGCAUCAGUCAUCUAUGAAACUCCAACUUCUCGGAUUUCUCCAUGGGGAUUGAUGACAGUCGUGGAGAACUAUUCGCAAACCCUAAGAGCCUUCGGCCAUGUCGGCGCUCCGCAUUUCCAGUCCCCGAAGAAAUUCAGCGAACGCUUCGACUCCAUGCUGGUGUUGCUGUGCCGGAGUUGCCGGCAACUGGAAACCCUGGUUAUUCGGGAACGGGUGUCGACGUGUACAUUGCUUCUGAUGGCCUCGUCAGCGACGAGUUUACGACGAUUCAUCGUGCGACGCAACGCUGUCGUUUUGCGGAAUGAUUGGCCCGCGAAUCCGGAGUGGACACCCGUGUUUCGACAAUGGCUCAAGAGGAAUUCGCGGUCCUACGAAAGGACUGAGGCGGAAAUCGGCAGCGGGAUUGGACACGUCGGAUGGAAGAUGUUGCCUGAUGUUCGUUUCAAGGCAGUGAAGCUCGACGUGCGACAGUUGUGAAGUUCCUGGAGUUUUUGUUGAAACGAUUGUUUUUGUUUUCUCUCUGUUUAUUUAGACGAUAUGUUUUGUGUGUGGGCUGUGAAAGAGUGAGAUGAAAUGCUCCCCGAAUCGAAA